AUGCGCAUGUGUCGUCGAGAUUUUGGGUAUAUAAGUAGGUAAAUGCCUACUCAGAAGACCUUCUUUCAUAACCGACCCUCAAUCCUCUCUCCUCAUUGGCUUCCAACACGAAGAUCCAACUCAAAGUAAGCUGCCAUAUUCUAUUGCCAUUUGGCAACCAAACACCAAAAUCGACAUCCAAAAUUUAAGCAGCCUACCAAAUCUAUUUCCAAUUACCAACCAAGCACCAAGCACGAAUAUGACGUUUACCAUCGUUACUCUCGUUACUCUUCUCGCGACUGCUUCAGCUGCAGUUAUUGACAACGACAAUGGUCUUUUCAAGAGACGAGGAUUGACAUGCCUAGGCCACAGAGUAAUUUGA